CCCGCACGCAGCCCGCCGGCGGCGGUCGGGAGCCCUCCGCGCCACUGCACCCCCGCCACGCACGCCCACCGCCGGGAGGAUGGGCUGCGGGCGGCGGCACGGCAGCCCCCGAGCUCCCUGAAGCCGCGGAAACAAAGGGAGCAAGCGGCAGCAGCAGCAGCCGGGCCGGGGUGGAUGCAAGCAACCAUGAAAGGCUGGGUCUCCGCCUCCUCCGCUGCUGCCAGAGAGCUGCCGGCUGCUGCUGCUCGGAGGACUACACUGUGAAGGGGGCGGAGGAGAGGCUGGCUUGGUUUGCCGUGCAAAGGUAGAAGGUGUAAGGGAGAGGCGGAAAGAAAAUGUCUUCUUCUGUGGGGCCCCGCGGCCCUCGCCCGCCCACGGUGCCCCCCCCGAUGCAGGAGCUGCCCGACCUGAGCCACCUGACAGAGGAGGAGAGGAACAUUAUCAUGGCAGUGAUGGACCGGCAGAAAGAAGAGGAAGAGAAAGAAGAGGCCAUGCUCAAGAGGUUGCAUCAACAAUUUGAAAGCUAUAAAGAGCAAGUAAGAAAGAUAGGGGAAGAAGCCCGCCGCUACCAGGGAGAGCACAAGGAUGAUGCUCCAACAUGUGGAAUCUGUCAUAAAACAAAGUUUGCAGAUGGCUGUGGCCAUUUAUGCUCUUAUUGCCGGACCAAGUUUUGUGCUCGAUGUGGAGGUCGUGUCUCUCUGCGAUCAAACAAUGUUAUGUGGGUAUGCAAUUUAUGUCGAAAGCAACAAGAAAUCCUAACAAAAUCCGGAGCGUGGUUUUUUGGAAGUGGACCACAACCCUCACCCAGCCAGGACGGAGCACUGAGUGAUACGGCAACUGGUGGAAGCUCGGAUGCACCGAGAGAAAAGAAAGCAAGACUUCAAGAGCGAUCGAGAUCACAGACUCCCUUAAGUACAGCAACUGCCUCGCCACAGGAAAUCUCUUCUUCCAAAGUGCAGUCUGACCGGAGGAAAGGAGCAGAAGUAUCACAGCCGGCUAUGGGCCUGGACGAAAAGCAAGCUUCAUCAAGGUCUAGAAGUGAACCUCCAAGAGAGAGGAAGAAGACAAUAUCUGUUUCAGACCAGAAUGGCAAAGGUUUGAAGAGCGAGCGAAAGCGUGCGCCAAAAUCCUCGCUUCAGAAAGAAGGACCAGCGGAUGACAGGGAGCGUAAAGAACGGCAUGAAGGUAGAAGGCUGGAGAAAGGCAAGUCACAGGAGUACCCAGACUUGCCAGAGAAACUUGAGGAAGGCAAAGUGCCUGAUGAUGAAAAACAAAGGAAGGAAGAUGAAUAUCAUACCCGUUACAGGAGUGACCCCAAUCUGGCAAGAUAUCCUGUAAAACCACAUCCUGAGGAACAGCAGAUGCGCAUGCAUGCCAAAGUUUCUAAAGCACGGCACGAGAGAAGGCACAGUGAUGUAGCUUUGCCACAUACAGAAAUGGAGGAAGCGGAGGUACCUGAGAAUAAAUUAGGAAAACGCUCACAAUUACAGGGAACUCAGGACAGAAAAUCUCUUGUGGAAACUCAGAGGUCGUACUCUAUAGACAGAACAGGUGAUGUAAGAAUUUCUGUUUCUAAACAAUUAACUAAUCAUAGCCCACCAACUCCCAGGCAUAGUCCAGUUCCUAUAGAACACAUAGAGUACAAGAACCACGAUUCCUUUAAAAAACAGAGCCGCCUUGAUCCUAGCUCUGCUAUUCUCAUGCGAAAAGCAAAGCGGGAGAAAAUGGAGACCAUGCUAAGGAAUGAUUCCCUUAGCUCUGACCAGUCGGAAUCAGUGCGGCCAUCCCCUCCAAAGCCUCAUAGAGCAAAAAGAGGCGGAAAGAAAAGGCAGAUGUCAGUUAGUAGCUCAGAGGAAGAAGGGGCAUCAACACCAGAAUAUACUAGCUGUGAAGAUGUGGAGAUAGAAAGUGAAAGUGUCAGUGAAAAAGGUGACUUGGAUUAUUACUGGCUGGAUCCUGCAACGUGGCACAGCAGGGAGACAUCCCCUAUUAGUUCGCAUCCAGUAACGUGGCAGCCUUCUAAAGAGGGAGAUCGCUUAAUUGGGCGUGUUAUUCUUAACAAGAGAACAACCAUGCCAAAAGAAUCAGGUGCAUUAUUGGGGCUAAAAGUUGUUGGAGGAAAAAUGACAGAAUUAGGACGACUCGGUGCCUUCAUUACCAAAGUGAAGAAAGGUAGCUUGGCUGAUGUGGUGGGGCAUCUCAGAGCAGGGGAUGAAGUUCUAGAAUGGAAUGGUAAACCCUUGCCUGGAGCUACAAAUGAAGAAGUUUACAACAUUAUUUUAGAAUCAAAAUCAGAACCUCAAGUUGAAAUUAUUGUUUCAAGGCCUAUUGGUGAUAUUCCACGGAUUCCUGAGACUUCUCACCCCCCAUUAGAGUCUAGUUCAAGUUCUUUUGAGUCGCAGAAGAUGGAAAGGCCUUCUAUUUCUGUUAUAUCUCCAACCAGCCCUGGAGCCCUACGGGAUGCACCACAAGUCCUACCAGGGCAGCUUUCUGUUAAACUGUGGUAUGACAAAGUGGGACAUCAGCUAAUAGUAAAUGUUCUGCAAGCAACAGAUUUGCCACCAAGAGUAGAUGGACGCCCCAGGAAUCCCUAUGUAAAAAUGUAUUUUCUUCCAGACAGAAGUGAUAAGAGUAAAAGGAGGACCAAAACAGUAAAGAAAAGUCUAGAGCCAAAGUGGAACCAAACUUUUCUCUACUCACAUGUACAUCGUAGAGAUUUUAGAGAACGAAUGCUUGAAAUAACCGUAUGGGAUCAGCCACGAGUACAAGAAGAAGAGAGUGAAUUUCUUGGAGAGAUUCUUAUAGAGCUGGAGACAGCACUUUUAGAUGAUGAACCACAUUGGUAUAAGCUACAGACACAUGAUGAAUCUUCACUACCUCUGCCUCAGCCAUCACCUUUCAUGCCAAGAAGACAUGUUCAUGGUGGAGAAAGCACUAGCAAAAAAUUACAAAGAUCUCGGCCAAUCAGUGAUAGUGACAUCUCAGAUUAUGAUGUUGAUGAUGGUAUUGGAGUUGUUCCUCCAGUAGGUUAUAGAUCUAGUACUAGAGAAAGUAAAUCUACAACGCUAACUGUGCCAGAACAGCAAAGAACAACACAUCAUCGUUCACGAUCUGUAUCUCCUCACCGUGGCGACGAUCAGGGCAGGACCCGUUCACGUUUACCAAAUGUGCCAUUACAGAGGAGUUUAGAUGAAAUUCAUCAAAUGAGAAGAUCACGUUCUCCAACUAGACACCAUGAUGCCUCCAGAACUCCAGUUGAUUACAGAUCCAGAGACAGAGACAUGGAUAGUCAGUAUUUGUCUGAUCAAGAAAGUGAGCUUCUUAUGCUGCCCAGAGCAAAACGAGGAAGAAGUGCAGAGUGCCUACAUACCAUCAGAAAUUCUGUUAGGCACUAUAAAACAUUACCACCCAAGAUGCCUUUACUAGAAAAUGGUACUCAUUGGAACCUGUACAGCUCAACUCUUCCUGCAUGUGCUAAGACCAAAUCAGUGAUUAGACAGGAUAUUUCACUUCUUCGUGAUUGCCUUAAUUCACAAAUACCGAAAUUUGGAGAUGAUCUACUGGUUAGUGAACUACAGCCCUCCCUUGACAGGGCUAGGAGUGCUAGUACCAACUGCUUGAGACCAGAUACUAGUUUGCAUUCACCAGAACGAGAAAGAACAAGGACGCUGGAGUCUUGCAUUCCAAAACAGGACAGUGUAGACCACCUAAGUGCUAAACCUGGAGCAGCACAGAGGCAGUCCAGAAAAGUGGAAAGAUAUAGCAGCCAAAAACAAACUAGGAAAGGCUCCGCAGCUGAAACAGAAAGGGGUCUGCUACCAUGUCUUUCUAGAAGGGGACUUCCAACCCCACGAACGACUGAACAGCCAGUCAUUAGGGGAAAACAUCACGCUCGCUCAAGAUCGAGUGAGCUCCCUAGUAUCAGACCCUUAUGCUCUGUACAUCACCUAGCGCCCGGAGGGUCGGCACCACCUUCUCCACUUCUGACAAGAAUACAUCAACAAGGAAGUCCCACACAGUCUCCUUCUGCAGACACAUCCUUCAGCAGUCGCAGGGGAAGACAGCUACCGCAAGUUCCAGUAAGAAGUGGCAGUAUAGAGCAAGAGCAAGAGACUUUUAACUCUUCCACAAAAGCAAGCUUAGUAGUGGAGGAGCGAACGAGACAGAUGAAAAUGAAAGUGCACCGUUAUAAUCAGACAUCAGGGUCUGGUUCUAGCCAAGAACAUGAGCGUGAGCAAUAUACCAAGUAUAAUAUACAAACAGAUCAGUACAGAAGUUGUGAUAACGUCUCUGCCAAAUCAUCAGAUAGUGAUGUCAGUGAUGUGUCAGCCAUUUCCCGAACCAGCAGUGCCUCACGCCUCAGCAGCACAAGUUUUAUGUCAGAGCAAUCUGAACGCCCUCGGGGCAGAAUCAGUACAUUUACUCCUAAAUUGCAAAGCAGACGGAUGGGGACUUCAGGGAGAAUCACUAAGAGCACAAGUGUGAGCGGAGAGAUGUAUAAGCUGGAGCACAAUGACGGGAGUCAGUCGGACACGGCUGUCGGCACGGUUGGAACAGGUGGGAAGAAAAGGCGUUCCAGCCUUAGUGCCAAAGUGGUUGCCAUAGUGUCUCGAAGGAGCAGAAGCACAUCUCAGCUUAGCCAAACAGAGGCUGGCAACAAGAAGCUAAAGAGCACGAUACAGAGAAGCACAGAGACAGGAAUGGCAGCAGAGAUGAGAAGUCGUAUGGUUCGACAGCCAAGUCGGGAAUCCACUGAUGGCAGCAUAAAUAGUUAUAGCUCCGAGGGCAACUUAAUAUUUCCUGGAGUACGGCUGGGCGCUGACAGUCAGUUUAGCGAUUUCCUCGACGGACUUGGACCUGCACAGCUAGUAGGCCGACAAACGCUAGCAACCCCUGCCAUGGGUGACAUCCAGAUUGGAAUGGUGGAUAAAAAGGGCCAGUUAGAAGUAGAAGUCAUUAGAGCCCGUGGCCUCACACAAAAACCUGGCUCCAAAUCUACCCCAGCUCCAUAUGUCAAAGUGUAUUUAUUGGAAAAUGGAGCAUGUAUAGCUAAGAAGAAGACAAGAAUCGCACGGAAGACCCUUGAUCCUUUGUACCAACAGACACUGGUUUUUGAUGAAAGUCCACAGGGUAAAGUCCUUCAGGUAAUAGUUUGGGGAGACUACGGCCGAAUGGACCACAAAUGCUUCAUGGGAGUUGCCCAGAUCCUUCUGGAAGAACUGGAUCUGUCCAGUGUGGUAAUAGGCUGGUAUAAAUUAUUUCCACCUUCAUCACUAGUGGAUCCAACCUUGACUCCCCUGACACGCAGGGCUUCCCAGUCGUCUCUGGAAAGUUCAACUGGGCCUCCCUGCAUUAGAUCGUAGUAGCAGGUGCUGUCUAAUGCAAACGUCACCCAGGAUAACGAUUGGAACCAGAUAUUCACAUGAUCAAAAAACACUGUUGGAGAGAGACAAUCACUUCUGUUUUUGCUUGUAGUAGUUAUCCAAAAAUAUGUCUGUUUGUCGAGAGAUGGCUUAAAUUGACAGAACAAAGUUAUAUCACAUAUGGCCAAUCUAUUAGCGGCUACCACCGAUGCUUAUAAUGAUCAAAAAAAUAAAAAAGAGAGAGAGAGACACCUUUAGAUUCAAACUAAGUCAAAGAUGAGCCAAACUGGAAGCUCUCCCUCUGUUAACAAUGUUGUAUUUUUUCACAUUUUGGCAGAGCCCUGAAGCAGUGUUACCUUCCUGGUGUAUCAGCAGUUUUCCUGUACUUGUCACUUCCACUAGUUUUUUGCCAUGUGAUUCUGCUAGUUUUGUAGAAGUCCUCACAACGCUAACAGAGACCCUUCCUUGCUUUUUCUAAACCAAACAAAAAAGGGCUGAAGCAUAUCUCUGUAAGCAUCGUUAAAGUGUUCAACAGCCACAGUUACGAUUCCAGAGAGCUCAAAUCGUUUCUCAGUUCUGGUACUUCCAAGGCUCUCACGUGGGAACCCAGAACAAAUGACCAAUCUAAGUUAUAGUCUUAAAAACAAAUAGUCAUCACAGUGCCACUUUUCCUUUGUAAAAAGCAGAUAUGUUUGCAUUAUAUAGAAUAACUUUUAUGUUUAUGAUGUUUUGCAUGGAAGAAUUUUGAAGAUUUCUGCAGCUACUGCUGGGGACUGGUAUAAAGCAGCUUUAGUCUUAAUUUUGACAUUGAAUAUGUUACUGGUAAUGCAGUUUUCCCCCUAGAAAUGGGGAGGAAAUAUUUACGUUUCUGUGUAUAAAUGUAUAUUUGACUUCCCAAAAUGUUGACCAGGAAUGGAUUGAGCAUAUGACACUUUCAGCUGUACCCAGGCUUCUCUGAUGUGUGUCGCUUCAGACGCACCUGUCUGCCCUGGAUAGAGCAUGGUAUGAGUUGUUCAGUGUUUCACUGGAAAUUCCAGUUGAAAUAUUCUGCACUUACUAAUGUUUUUAUCAAAUUUUAGUUUACAUUUCUUUGAGAUUGAUGCAAGCACAAGGCUUGAUUUUUUAACGCAAGAUAUCUUACUUUUUGGAGAAAAAAAAAAAGUCAAAUUUCAAUUUGCUUUUUAUUCAUUUGAGUUCUUCUUGGCCUUGAAAUCCCUUGUGAUAUUCUGUAAAUGUGAGAACAACUGCAGAUUCCUGCAGGUGCAUUGAUAUGUUUCCCCUCCUUUUACAGGCCAUUCAAUUUUGUGAUCACACAAAUAGAGCAGCAUGACUUGGAACUGUUCAAAGCUGCAUGCACGUUUUGUAAAAAGAGAUGAAAAAGGUUAUUUAAUAAUGUAUGUUAGUUCCACAUAGGCCAGCUUGUAUGUUGCAUGUACUUGUACAGUUUGCUCGUAAUUACUAUACUGAAGUAACCAAGAAAUCUAAGCCAUCCAUUUUUCUUAUAGACAUUUUGCAGGUUUUAGCCAGGCUAGGUCUGUGAGUCUGGUGCUAAAUGUCUAUAGAUGGACUUUAUUUUUUACCCUAUGGAAAACGUGAUGUAGUACGGACCAAAUUCCUUCUAAUAACUAUUUUGGUGUAGAUUCCUACUGUGGGGCUGUAACACAUGUAGAAACUGUGUACACACUAGGUUUUAAUUCAUAGACAUACUGCCUGCACCAAGUGAACUAUUUAUUAUUACUCAACACGUGGGAAUUCCUCUGCCCAUCUUUCCAUAGGGCGCAGAUUGGUUACUGCUCGACCUGCUGAGCAGGAAGAACUCAAGCAUUGGUGCACUACUACUAGAUCCUGUUCCGUCUUAGUGGCCAAAAACCAACUAGUUAUAAUUCGAUAGUAUCUUUCUAUUUUGACCACUUGUCUUAACACUCCCCUGUGCUUUUAAAUGAACUUCCAACUCAUGUUAUGUAAACAUGUUUAAUAAAAUUUCCUUUUCAUGUCCA